UCAUGUUGUCUCCUCUCCCGAAGAGGCCGUGCUCCCGCCUCUCGCUGCGGGCGCGAAGAGACUCUUUGGCCCGGGGAUGUAUUCAGGCCACGGCCCCUGCCCCGGGGUGUACAGCGCCUAAAGCGCAAGUAGCUCUCCGGAGUGCUGAGGGCAAUAGCGGCGGCAUUCCAUGCAAACUCUCGAGGCGGCAUCGGAGAGCGGCCCCGGCCCAAGGGGAAAGAGCGGCGCCCGGGGACGGAGCGGCCCCGGCCCAAGGGGAAGGAGCGGCGCCCGGGGACGGAGCGGCUCCGGCCCAAGGGGAAGGAGCGGCCCCGGCCCAGGGGGAAGGAGCGGCGCCGGCGAAUGGAGCGGCCCAGGGGGAAGGAGCGGCGCCGGCGAAUGGAGCGGCCCAGGGGGAAGGAGCGGCGCCGGGGAAUGGAGCGGCCCUGGGGGAAGGAGCGGCCCUGGCUCAGGGGGACGGAUUAAUCCUGGAGGAGGGUAGGCCCCCGCUCCCAUAUUACUUGAGGAAUUUCUUGCUGGUGAUGGAAACGGUUCUGGAGAGUGAAGAUAAAGAACUUUUCAAUGAAGCCGAUGACCACUGGCUGGGAACAUUCCAGAAACUCUCAGUUACUGGCCAAAAGCUCUACAUGCGACUCUUUCAACGGAAGCUGAACUGGUUGAAAGUGACUAAACUGAAUUAUCCUGAAAUUGGUUCAGAUCUGACCCCCAUCAUUGAGGAACUGAGGCUUGUAGGCUUGUUACUGACAGAGUCAGAUUUGUGCAAUGUCUCAGAGGCCCUGAACCUGCUGUCUGCUCCUGAACUCAAAUUAUUGGCAAGAAACUUCCAUCUGCGACCCCAGGGUCAGAGGGCAGAAAUACUGGGGUCUCUGCUACGUUUGUCCAAGCAACAAUCGAUCUUCAGCUGCAGUCAGAAGCCAUCGAGUCCUGGCCUCGCCCUCCUCAACAGGGUGAAGAAGAUGAUCGGAAAUUGUGUGAGAGUUGCUACUCCAGCCCGUGCUGUGUUCUCACGGCUGUUACUACUUUUCAAUCUGACGGACUACACAGAUGAAGAGGAAGCAGCCAGUGCUGGCCAGAAUCAGCUGUCCACAGUGCUGCUGGUUAAUAUGGGUCAUGUCACCUUCCCCAAUUACACUGUGCUGAGGAAGAAGAAAAUAUUCCGACACAGAGAUGACCUGCUCAGAUAUGAUGAAGCCGUGCAUUCUCUGGCCGAGGUGAUCACCGCAAUGACCAAUGGGUUCUGGAGUGAUGCUCUCCAGAUUUACAAAACUGCCAGGGAGAAGUGGAGCCAGCUGGAGAACAACAGUGAUGUCAGGUUUCAUCAACAGCUCCCAGUGUACCUGCGACGUUUCACUGCAGGCUGGGUCUACACACGGAUCCAAUUCCAUGGGGUUGAAAUUUUACAACGACUGCACAUGUAUGCGGAAGCAGUGGAGGAAUUGCAAAAUCUUUUGGAACAAAGCAUCUAUUGUCCAGGCAGCCAUGGCCAUUGGUGGAAUCGACUGAGUCUAAAUCUUCACCAGCAUCUGAAGCAGACUGAUCAAGCAAUCCACUGUUUGCGGAAAGGUUUGGAUGAUGUCUCGGUUCACUUGGGACAUCGGCUGGCUUUAUAUCAGCGGGCACUGCGGAUUCGUGAUUCCCCAAGCUGCAAGAAAUGGUGUCACCUUCUUCAGGAUCUGCCAGUCGUGAGUGUAGAGGAUGUGCCACAUGUGACGAUAAAGGCCAGGUCAUGCCCAGGGAUGGGCAAUGCUUUAUUCCUCAUGGAGAACAUCAGUGAAGGGUCAAGUUUGGGCCAAGGGGAACCUUGCAGUACAGUGAUCUGUUCAGUGGAGGAGGUUUCUCUGGCCUACUAUCAGCAGCAAGGUUUCGAUCAGGGAAUACAUGGUGAAGGAACCACAUUCUUAACACUCUUUGGACUGCUCUUCUGGGACAUUAUCUUUCUGUCUGGAAUCCCAGAUGUUUUCCGAAAUCCCUAUCAGGCAUGCCCUCUGGAUCUCUACACUGACUGUUUCUAUGAGCAACGGAGGGAAUGCAUUGAGUCACGGGUAGACUUCCUGGAAAAUGCAUCCAUUGAUACUCUCUGCACACUCAUUGCUGAUGCGUGGAAUGGUUACAGAGGCAUAAAUGCCACAUUAGUUAACUGGGAAAUCUUCAACUCACUUCAGCAGGUGCAGAGCCUGGUGAGCUGUCUGGGUGGUCCAUUCCUAAGUGGUAUUUGUAGGAUUCUGGCCAAAGACUUGAGGCAUGGCCGUGGGGGCCUCCCUGAUCUCGUUGUAUGGAACAGCCACAGAUGCCAGUAUAAGCUUGCAGAAGUGAAAGGUCCAAGUGACCAACUCUCCCACAAGCAGAUGGUGUGGCUGGACCAGCUGCAGCGACUUGGGGCUGAUGUCGAAGUUUGCCAUGUCAAUGCAGUCGGAGCACGGAGCCACCAGCUUAGUUAAUGCCAAAUGCACAAGCCCCACUUCCCAUUCAAGCUACAGCCCAGGAGCUGGGAGGAGGAUACAUCCCUCCCUGCAGUGUGUGUGGGUGCACGCAGGUGGAAAUAGACAGUAUCAGCCACUGAUUAGUGUUGCUGUGUACGAUACUGUAAUAUAGCCCACCUCUUCCCCACCAUGUACUCUUGUUGCCAAACUGCUCGUGGAUAGAACAUUCACUUUUUAAUAUCAAUAUUAAAAAGAGAGACAUUAGGAAGAAACAGAAAUAGUUUCUCUCUUAAAACAGAAGCUGCAAGACAUGUUAAGUAUUUCCAGCAGCUUGUUUUUAAUUUCUAGUUUCCAGCAUUUGUACUGGUAACUUUGACAACUUUUAAUACUUGUACAAGCAGCUCUGGAAAUGUCAUUUAGAAAAUACAUUAAAUAUUUCAUACUGUGCACUAGUA